GAUAACUUUGUUUAUGUUUAUGGAUAACGUUUUGUAGUGGGUAGUUUGAAAUUAAAAGUGAAAAUAAUGAUCGAAUAUGUACAUUUUUGUAACAAACCUUUAUGUCAGUGCGGUUAUUUUGGCCUUAAGUACAGUAAUAGAAGCUGCGAGACCAAAAUUUCGCGAUGACUACAGGUAUGAAAAAGCAUUCGACGCAUUUUAUAAGCUGCAUACGGAGCCGGUUGACUGGUACCAGGCUAGGAUUCGAUGUGAGUCUGAAGGUUCACAGCUUCUGGUGCCGAUAUCCCUGGACGAAGCGGAUAGCAUUCCGCUCCUUAUAGCUCCGAUACUCACUAGGUUCGAAGGUGUUUUUGUGGGUGUUCACGAUUUAUAUUCGGAACGGUCUUUUGUGACGAUCGAGGGUAGCAGUCUACAGGAUACAAUACUGGACUUACUUUGGGAACUUCAACAGCCACUCCACAGCGGCGGUAGGUGUGUGGCAAUGCGUCGGAAUGGUCGUCUGUUUGUACAUCCAUGCAACCAACACUUGCCGUUCGCAUGCAAGCUUCCAGCAUCCAAAGUAAAAUAUUUCAAAGAGUGUGACACUUAUGAUUCACGAUGGACUCUGGGCCCAAAUGAAACGUGUUACAUAACUCAUAUAGAACCUCAAACGUGGUUCGAAGGAUAUUCCACGUGUCUUGGAGCAGGUGGGCAUCUGACGAUCCUAAACAGUAAAGAAGAGGCUCAAUACAUACAAGAUGCUUUUAAACAGGUGGACCAACAUAUGUUUCCUGGAGACUUCGCUUUCCUGGGGUUCAGUGAUUUAUUUCAGCGGUAUCACUACCGCACUGUCUUAGGUGAAUCUUUAGACGAUACGAGAGUUUCCUGGGAUUUCAAAUGUCCCGGGAAUUUUACAAAAUUUGACGAGCGUUGCGGGGGCUUCCGCCGUAGCGGUCUUUUAUCAACAACGAACUGUAAACUGCCUUGUAUGUUCUUCUGUGAAAAACCAGCAAAUGGUUCGUUUAAGAUUAGGACAAGACAGGGUGCUGUAAGACAUAGAUUGCAACCUCUAAGCAAUAAUUAAAUUUAAUAUCUGUUCAAUACAAUACUGUAUGAUCAGAUACUUCAAAAACUGAAAAGUAUAAAAUUACUUAAUAGAAAAUUAAUUGAAUACAUUUCUUAGGCAAACCUAAUUCCUUUAAUAUUAAUAGAAUACCAUUAUUUUUAUGUGCCUGCUUGGGUUGUUUUGUUCUGGAUGAAGCUGUCCUAGGUGCCUGCUAUUACAUUUGGCGUAAUCUCAGCGUAAUCGGUGUACAUAAAUAAAAAACUACCAAUCGAAUUGAGAACCUCCUCCUUUUUCAAGUCGGUUAAAAAUAUUGUGUAAUUAAUAAAUUAAGAUAUAUAAAAUACUGUUUCGGGAUUACUAUUACCAACUUUUCUGUGUUACCAAAUAAUAAUAAAAAAACUAGCAGGUACUAGGUAUCUCAUAUUGAGUUUAUAAUUAUUUCUCUACAGAAAUAUUCCUCGGAUUUAUUUACAUGUUUAAUAAUUAUACAUUUAUUAAAACC